AGUGUUUGGCACUGUCGACUGUGUUAUCCAGACCAUACACUACUGGCCACUUUGUUAUAGCUAGCCAGCUAGAGUUGGCCAUCGUGGACGACUCGUACAGUAUUUAGCACGUUCUUGCGAUAAUUACGGCCGCAGCAUGUCAUCGAAAGAGACCCCUCGCGAGCCGGAGCAGCUUCGCAAGCUGUUCAUCGGAGGACUGAGUUUUGAAACUACUGAUGAAAGUUUGAGAGAUCACUUUGAACGAUGGGGGUCUCUCACGGAUUGCGUAGUAAUGAAAGACCCAGUCUCAAAGAGGUCAAGGGGGUUUGGCUUUGUUACAUACAGCUCAGUAGAUGAAGUUGAUGCAGCUAUGGAGGCACGUCCUCACAAGGUGGAUGGUAGACAAGUGGAGCCAAAAAGAGCAGUGUCUAGAGAGGAUUCAUGCAGGCCUGGUGCUCACACAACUGUCAAAAAAAUAUUUGUGGGUGGCAUUAAGGAAGACACAGAAGAGCAUCAUCUUAGAGACUACUUUGAGCAAUUUGGCAAGAUUGAAGUAAUCGACAUCAUGACUGAUAGAAGCAGUGGCAAGAAGAGAGGAUUUGCCUUUGUUACAUUCGACGAUCAUGAUGCUGUAGACAGGAUUGUCAUCCAGAAGUACCAUACAUUGAAUGGCCAUAACUGUGAAGUGCGGAAAGCUCUUUCAAAGGAAGACAUGAACAGAUCAGGGAUGAGCAUGAGAGGGCCAAGGGGUGGAAAUUUUGGCAGAGGGGGUGGAUAUGGAGGUGGAUUUGGUGGAGGGAGAGGAGGUGGAGGAUAUGGCGAUGGGGAUGGAUAUAAUAACUAUGGAGGCAACGGUGGCUAUGGAGGAGGUCCUGGGUAUGGGGGGAACCGUGGCUAUGGUGGCGGCGGCAGUGGUGGUGGCGGCGGCCAGGGCUAUGGCAACCAGGGUGGAGGCUAUGGAGGAGGUGGAGGAUAUGACAACUACAACAAUGGAGGCGGUGGCGGCGGUGGCUACGGCAGUGCUCAUGAUCUUGUAGGUAGCUACGGUGGUGGUGGCGGCGGAAGCAGUGGAGGCAGCAGUGGUGGUGGAGGAGACUACAGUGACUUUGGCAAUUAUAACAGCCAAUCGUCCUCUAACUAUGGCCCAAUGAAAGGAGGCAACUACAGUGGCGGCAGUGGAGGGGGCAGGAGCAGUGGUCCAUAUGGUGGUGGGUAUGGAGGAGGCUCCGGUGGUGGAUAUGGAGGGGGCUCUGGAGGUCGAAGAUACUAGGUUUUAAGGCAGCAGUACUUAGGAGAGGAGAGCCAGAGAGGUGACAGGGAAAGGAAGCAGCAGGUUACCCCCUAGAUCUGCUCAGCCAAGCACAGUUGUGGCAGGUUUACAUCUGCCACAUGAAGAGAAAUGUAGACAAGGAUAAAAUCAUGUGGAAAGGGAGGGAGCGGAAUUGGGAUGGAUUCAUGUCAAAUCCUUUCCCGCAGGAUUUUCUGAUCUUGUUAUUGUUGUGUUUUUUGUAAUUGUGAAGUGUAAAGCAUUCCACUAAGGAUCUAUGUAGGCAUUUUGUUUUUUCCUUCGCCCAUAGGGUGUUUUAAGAUGUAUUCGCCAACAAAUCAAGAUUAAAUAAACCGCUUUUCAGUUUUA